CACUUUGUUUCUGCAGGCUCACACCUACAUACAAAAAUACUAGAUCAGUCUCUUCCAUCAGAGAGUGCUGCUGACAUACCUCACAGAAUGAUAAACACUGAUGACGAUUAUGGUGAAGAGGAGCUGAAUGACUACAUCGUCCAGCUGAGUAUUCAAAACUCCUGCCAGGAUGCCUUUCUGAAAUCUGCUGCCAGUUUAGCAGCGGCGACAGAGGAGAAUCUGAGAGUCCUGGCUGCUAUCGAGCAAGGUGAGGUGUCGGUGCUUAGGGAGAUGCUGAGGCACACCUCCGCCUUCAGCGAGCCGGACUGUCGCGGCUGGCUUCCCCUCCACCGAGCUGCAUCCCAGCCGCUUCUGGAGGUUCUGGAGACUGUCCUGACAUCUCAGGGGCUCAGCCUGGAGGAGAGGACUGCAGUUGGCGGAGAGACGCCACUGACACUGGCAGUUAAAGCCGGACUGGUGCGGAAUGUGAAGAGUCUGCUGGAGCACGGAUCCUCGCCUCACAACACCAACAACAAGAAUGAGUCACCACUGCUACUGGCGGUGAGGGUCGACUCAUAUGAGAUGACACACGCUCUGGUGGCUCAUGGUGCAUGGGUGGAGCAGGUUUGCCGAAAGAGGUGGACGGCCGUGCAUGAAGCAGCCAAAGUCGGAAACACUGACAUCCUGAUGCUGCUGCUGAGGAACGGGGGGCGGGUAAACCAGAAAGACGCGUCGGGGGUGACAUCGCUCGCUGUGGCUGCAGAGCACGGAUAUUUCCACAUCGCUGAGAUUCUGCUGAACUGCGGCAGCAGAGUGAACUCUCAGGCCUUAAAUGGGGAAAGUGUCCUGUUGGAUGCAGCCGGAUCAGGAAACACUGCCUGCAUUCAGUUGCUGCUGGACAACGGAGCCAACCCCGACCUGCCCAGCAUCACCGGACACCUGCCCAUCCACAAGGCAGCAUAUGCCGGACACUAUGAUGCUGUGAAAAUGCUGAUACCUCUGACCACUAAGAAAGCCAUCAAGGAAGCAGGCCAGAGCCCAGUCCACUCAGCAGCGGAGGGAGGCCAGAGACGCUGCCUGCAGCUCCUGCUAGCCUGCGGCUUUGAUGUCAACUACCGCAUGAGCACCAGAAACUCCGAAAACUACCGGGAUAUGAGGAGGAGUGCCUUGUACUGUGCCGUUUCCAACGGGGACGUUGACUCCACCAAAGUACUUCUGGUGGCCGGAGCAAGGACGGACCUGGACCCGCUGUGCUGCCUCCUGGUGGCAGUCAGGUCCGGGCGCUGUGAGAUUGUCAAGCUGCUGCUGGCAGCCAAAGCAAACGUGAACUGCUACUUCACGGUGGUGAGCGACACAGUGUUUCCUACGGCAUUACAGUACUGCCUGAAAGAUGAGGUGAUGAUGAGGAUGCUGCUCAACAAUGGUUACAAGGUGGAGAGGUGCUUUCACUGUCACCACGACACCAGUUUUGAGGCUACUGACGAUGUGGAUGGGAAAAUACCAUUCUGUGAGUUCAUGAGUCUCUGCUGUCUCAUGCAUCUGUCUGGGAGCGUGGUCCGGAUUCUGCUCGACUACGUCAGGCACGUCCACAUCUGCUCCAAGCUCAGACUCAUCCUGGAGAAACAGAGAGAGUGGCCUGAAAUAUGUGAAAUCCUCAGCAGUCCUCGCUUCCUCAGGCACCUCUGCAGACUCAUGAUUAGGAGGUGUUUGACCCUGAAGAGACUCAAUAAUCCUGAAAUCAUGAACUCACAUGUUUUCCCUCCCCGACUGAAGAGCUUCAUACUGUAUCAGGAACUUGAUCUCUACAACCAGGACACUGAACACAUCGUAUAAGAUCCGCUUAUUUUCAGAGGAUGUAACUAUUUUACUACUAUACAAUAUAUUCUAUAUUAUACUUUGUAUAUUUGAAAUGUGAGUAUUAUGACAGAGUUAUCUGUGACAUUUUUACAGAAAAUGUAAAUAUCAAAUGCAAGCUGGUGUUUGUUUUCAGGUCAUGUGCUGCAUGUGCCCAUAUUAUUGAUUUCAAAUGGAUUUGUGAUAUAAAACUGAUCAAAACAUGUGGUACUUCUUGUCCUAUAAGAGCCCAAGAUAAUGUUGAUCAGUUCAUCACCCUCCAGGAUAUUUCCAAAUACUUCAGUAGUUUAUUUUACCACAAACACCAUCAUGCGACCACAGAUAUUCACUUAUGCACUAAAUUUAGAUUAAUCCACCAUUGAAAAUAGUCUAUGGUUGAUGUACAAUUUCCUCAUGUUUCAGGAACAUUUGCAAAUAAACUUCCGUGAUCAGCUGUGUUAUAAAACAAUGUAGAUGUUUUCUCUUUUAAUGAAACAAUAUAUUUGUGAGUGUUUUUAAAUAUUUAGUCGUCAUUAGGUCCCAGUGAGCCACAACAUCUUUUUAAGGAGGUCAGGAUGUUUUGAGAAGCAAAUAAAAACUUUGCUGGUUUUCAUGGGAUUCGUUGACAAGAAGAAAAACAUUGAAUAACAACAGCCUUUAAAAGUUGUGUUUCACUUCGUUAGCCAUGUGAAUGAAGGUUUCCUUUAACAAUGUAAGUUUAUGUCAGUCUCUCUGUGUAUGACCUGUCAGCUGCAAUCUUUUUAGUUUCAGUGCUGAUUGCUGCAUUGGUUGAUUGCACUACUCUACCUCUAAUGUGCACAUAAAGGAAGUUGAAUGCUCAUCAGCAAUGAUUAUUGAUUAUGGAAAUCUGGAGCUUUUAAUUCAGUGAAAUUAUUUCCCACCAAAAAAAAAUACUGAAAUUUGUGUGUAUUUUUUAAUAUAUUAAGUACUUUUUAUGUAGUGCAGCUCUGAAACUUUAAUUGUGACACAUUCUGUCAGUCAAGCCGUCAAUCAUUUCAUUCCUCAGGACUCUUUAUUAUUUCAACUGCUUCUCAUCGACUUGUUGUCUAACAGCAUGUGGACUAAUUUCUGUACUGAAAACAUUGUUAAUCAGAUGAAUUAUAAUUACACAUUAAAUAUUCAUACAACU